UAUUAUCUUGUUGUUUGUACUGUAAAGUGUUACCAGAAUGUAUUUCUUUAAUUUGUUUUUAAGGGACUAAAUUCUGAAUUGGAGGCUAGCUUACCAAAAAACUACAACUCCCACAAUCCUUGGCGAACCCUGACUCCCCCCUCUCCCCCUCCCUCGCGCUAAGUAGAGGGACACUGACAGAAUCCAGCAUGAGUUACACUGGACGUCCACUGUACACACACACCUACACACACACACACACACAGCUCACAUACUCUCACACACACAUGCAUUCACACCAACACACACACACACACACAGUGCAGUGAACAGAUCAGUCAGUAAAUCCUGUUGGGUUUGAUUUGAUGACAAACAGAGACCUGCUGCUGCUGCUGCUGCUGCUUUAUAGCUCUUAUUUAUUCCAGGAUUUUAAACUUCGACUAAAAACACAUUUCUACAGCAGGUGGUUCACCAUGACCAGGGAGUGAUGAGCUCACCCUCAGAGAGAAAGUGAGAGGGAGUGAGACAGUGUGAGAGUGAGACAGAGUGAGGGAGACGUUCUUCUGUCAGGAUCGUGUGAGCUGAAGACCAGGCUGAUGUUUUCUUCAGAGCAGAACUCCUCCAAACUUGUGAAGUACGGAGAACUGAUCGUUCUUGGGUGUAAUGGCUCGUUGCCUGGUGGAGAACGAGGCAGGAGGUGGAGCCGUUUCUGCCUGGUGAAGCGACCCACGGCUAACGGAGUCAAACCCAGCACUUCACACACCUGUAGCCCCCAGGCAGCUAAGGUGAUCAGUAACACCAGCCAGCACAGUGUGUCAUACACACUCUCGUGGGCCGAGACGGUGGUGGUGGAGUACACAGACGACAAUGAAACUGACAUGUAUCAGAUCGGCAGAUCUACAGAACGUCCUAUAGACAUUGUGGUGACAAACACAGGCAGUGGUGGUCAUGGUAACGGCCCCGUGCGGUCCCUGCAGAGCACUAUCUCACGGUUCGCGUGUCGGAUUGUGUGUGACCGGACUCCGCCCUACACCGCCCGUCUCUACGCCGCCGGCUUCGACUGCUCCAGAAACAUCUUCCUCGGGGAGAAAGCUGCAAAGUGGCACACGUUUGGUGGUCAGAUGGACGGGUUGACGACUAACGGGGUGCUGUUGAUGCAGCCGGCCCGCGGGUCCAGACCGGCCGUGUGGAGAGAGAUAUCCGUCUGUGGGAACGUUUUCACACUCAGAGACCCCGCAUCACCACAGAACAGAGGCAAGCAGGUAAAGGAUGAGUCUCCGAUUCUCCUGGACGGUUCUCUGAUUGAUCUGUGUGGCGUGACCCUGCUGUGGCGCUCUGUGGAGGGCCUAGCGAACAGUCCCACCUCCAGCCACCUGGAGGCGCUGCGUCUCCGUCUGAACGCUGCCCGGCCCCAGUGUCCCGUCCUGCUGAGCACGCUGGCCUUCCCCAGCCUGGACGGGCCACGCCCCCGUCGGCCCUGGGCCUACAUGACCUGCGGACACGUCCACGGAUACCACCCGUGGCAGGGACGGGGCGUGGUCUUCAAACAGCAGAGCUUGCCGGAGGCGGAGAAGAGCGAGACGGAGGGAGACGGCGGGCGGGACAGCGGGGACAGGGAGGGACACAUGGAGGGAAUCGAGAACGACGGGGAAGCUGUCACAGAGGAGAGGGACGGUGACAGAGAGGAAAAGGUGGACAGCGGGAGAGAGGGGGAGACGGUCAAAAGAGGUCAGGACGAGGGACAAAGAGACAUAGAAAAAGAUAGAGAAAGAGAGAGAGAGAAAGAGAGACAAAUGGAGGAAAUAGAGGGCGAAGUGGAAGCUAUUAAAGGUGACAGAGAGUGUCCCCUGUGCCGAAGUCGCGGCCCGUACGUACCCCUGACACUGGGACGAGUUUCUGGCGUGUACACGGAUGCAGAGACACCGUCUCACGCGUUCGUCCCCUGCGGUCACGUCUGCUCGAAGGGGACGGCGGAACACUGGAGCAAAACGCCGCUAAAACGCGGGACGCACUCCUUCCACCCGGCCUGUCCGUUCUGUCUGAGACAGCUCAGAAGAGACAGACCCUUCGUCAGACUCAUCUUUCAGGGACCACUGGACUGACAGGCGGUCUUCACCUGGACACCAGCAAGAUGUUGGACUGUUUUUUAGACUGUUAAACAUAUUUGCGUAAAUCUACAGCAAAAAAAAGACAGGUUCUUGUGACGAUCUGGCUUCCUAAACAUGCUGGAUCUAAGGAACCAUAAGGAACCAUAGGAAACCAUAGGAGUUGAGUCCAUCAUCAACGUACAAGAACAAUCAAAACUCAGGCUACUGUAUAAUUAAUGAUUUGAUGGUACAAGAACAUUUCUGGCCUCAGAAGCCUGAUGAACCUAUCAGCAAGGUGUUUUCACCAGAGCAACCAAAAAAAAAAACAGGUUCUUGUGACGUUCCAGCUUAAUAAACCUGCUGGAACCAAGGAACCAUAGGAAAGCAUAGGAGUUGAGUCCAUCAUUAACGUAUAAGGUUCUUACGCUUCUUGUCAACUUCUAAUGUCGAACAAUCAAAACUCAGGCAACUUUAUAAUUAAUACAUUGAUGGUACAAGAUCAUUAAUGGCCUCAUAAGCCUGAUGGAUGUAUCAGCAAGGUGUUUGCACCAGAGCAACAACAAAAAAUAGGUUCUCGUGACGUUCUAAGGAACUAAGGAACCAUAAGAAACGGGUUGAUGAUUCCAAUGAUUCUUACGGGACUGUUCUCGUCAACUUCUAAUGUCAGACAAUCAAAACUCAGGCCACUGCAGAGUAUGUUGAGGCAACAUGAUAAUUAUUUGAGUCUCAAGAUAAUAAACGGAGGCCACUAAUUACAUUUAUAGUGGCCACAAGAUAAUUUAUUAAGGCCUAUAGAUAAUAUAUUGAGGGCAUUGAAUUUUGAUGCCAAAAAAUAAUACACUGAAUAAUAUAAUGUAUUAAGACCUCAAAAUCAUUUUAAAGACCAAAAGUUUUGGCCACAAAGUAAUGUAAAUGUUUUUUAAUUGGCCAUAAUAUCAUUUAUUUAGGCCUUAAAAUAAUUUUAAAGGCCAAGGAUACCGUAUCAUGGCCACACAUUAAGUUUCUAGUGGCCACAAGAUAUUUUAUUAGGGCACAAUGUAAUUUAUUGAGGCCUAAGAUUAAGAUUCUAGUGGCCGUAGUAUAAUUUAUUAAGAACUUAAAAUCAUUUUAAACGCCAAAAGAUAAGAUAAUAUACAGUAUCCUGGCCACAUAUUUACCUUUUAGUGGUCACAUGAUAAUUUAUUAAGGCCACAAAGUAAUCUGUUGAGGCCAUAAUAUUAUUUAUUUAGGCCUCACAAUCAUUUUAAAGGCCACAUGAUUAUAUACAGUAUCAUGGCCACACAUUAACUUUCUAGUGGUCACAUGAUAUUUUAUUAAGGCCACAAACUAAGUUUUUUUUUUGUGACAUAAUAUAAUAGACCUAUAUAUUGUGGCCACAAGAUGAAAUUGCGCUUUCAGUGCUAAUAGUAAUGCCUUUGUUACAUCAGUACAUUAUUUUUUGGCCUUAUUAAAGUAACUUGUGGCCACAUCUUAAUAAAACAACCACCAUGUUAUGUACACCCAGCUAGACAUAUCAGGUUUGAAAUGAUGGUGUUUGUCAGGGAGCAUGAUAAAAAAAAUCCCUUUAAAUUUGGUCCCUCAGAAAUCCAGCUAGGCUAAGCUAAGCUAACUCUUCAUUAACCAGCAGUGAUUUCUGCUAAAAGGUCAUGCUAGCAUCUUCUAACUAGCCACAUUAGCCAUGUUAGAAUUUUUUUUUGCAGAUGUUAUCGUACAUUUUAUGUAAAAUUAAAGUGAGAAAGUCUGAAGAAACCUGAAAUGUAAAUAUUUAAACCCGGAGGUUUUCUUCUAGCUUUGUGUUUUUAGCCAGAUGCUAACACUGCCCACAGAAAUGCCAGUCUUGUGCCAUCAUGCGCUACUAUAGAAGCACAUUCCCACCUAAAAUAAUAAUAAAAAUCAAAAACAAUUAUUAGUAAGUAAACAGCUAUCAUUAUUUUAAGACAGUAAGUCAUUAUUUUGAGACACUAAGUCAUCAUUUUGAGAUACUAUCUCCUUAUUUUCAGAUCUUAAGUCAUUAUUUUGAGCUAGUAAGUAGUUAUUUUGAGAUACUAUCGCAUUAUUUUAUUAUAUUAAAGUAACUACAUACUAUGUAAAAAUAAUUAGAUAGUAAAUCAAAAUAACAUCUAGAUUUUGAAAUAGUAACUCAUUAUUUUGAGUCUUUAUUUUAAGAUACUAUAUCAUUAUUUUGAGACUCUCAUUAUUUUAGUAUCUCAAAGUAAUGAUUUACUGUCUCAAAAUAAUUAGAUAGUAUCUCAAAAAAAUUACAAUCUUAAAAUAAUGAGAGCGAUUUACUUAAUAAUAAAUUUUAAAAUGUGCUGGAAUUUUUAUUUUAUUUUAUAUUUAAGUUGGUGGGAAUGGGCUUCCAUGCACUACACCAUGUAUGCCUGUGGGUUAAUAUGUAGACGACUGUGUUUUUAAUAAACUGUGUGUGUGUGUGUGUGUGUGAGUGUUUGUACAGUAUGCUAACACUGCUAGCGUGUGUUUGUGUAUUAUAUUGGAUGAUUGAUGCCGCUGUAGAACUAGCUAACUAGCUAAAUUGUUCCCUCAGAGAGUUUCUGAUCACUUUAAUAAUACUCUACUGCCAUUAUCAAUACUGCAAACUCUUUUUUUUCUACCAUUUCCAUGCAAACCAGUAAAGAGAUAAUAAAAGUAAUAUGCUAAACCGGU